AUGGGGCUACGAAGCCUUGUGAUCAAAUUACUCCAAAAAUCAGAUUCGUCGAGCCGUGAUGCGAAGAAUCGUUCGGAAACCACACCUGUGAAAGAGAUAAAGCCGUUCACUGCCGGCACAAUGAGGCGAAGUUUCAGUGCAACGGUUGCCGAUGAACUGACGUUGGACAAAGGCUCUAAAUUGAAAGCUGUAUAUCGUGAAGAUGACUGGCUUUACGUACAUGCAUCCGAUGGCCAACAUGGUUUUGUACCUGAAACGUACUGCACCCUCACAGUGGAUCGCAAACCCAGUACGUUUAGGGUUGCCAGUUGA